ACGCAUUCACGCAUAUCGGAUGGGGUCCACCUAUUGCGACGCGAUGGGGUCUCGAGGAGACGUUUCUCGGGCCUGAACCUCCGUCAGAGGAGCGCGAGAUCGAUUUGCCAGACGCACCCGAGUACCAAACGUCGUUUACUCACCCCGGAAAGGCCAUUCCAGGCUUUACGAGUGAAUUCGCCCCGCUAGAGAUCAUAGACCUCGACAGCGACGACGAGUACGAUCCGUUAUUUGACGACGACCCUCGACCUCGCAAGAAAAAAGGCAAGGAAAAGGCGAUCACCCCCAAGACCCUCAAGACCGUGUGUGCAAUGUGCAAGGAUCCUCUGGUGAUGGGUGCGACGACCGAGGACCGGCGAAACUAUGCGCUACGAUGUGGCCACAUUGUGGACGGCAAAUGCCUAUGGAACAUUGCCAAGCCGGCUGGUGCUCAAGCGUCGGAAACGAUGGAAGCUGAGC